GCUUUGAGACAAAAAGCCGCACUGUUUCGCGCGCGUGGGUGUCUUGUUCGUUCAUCUCGCUCGCCUAAUCUCAAUCCCUAGCUGCCCCCGACCAGAACGCACGAUCGCUCCCGCCGCCUGCACCGAAACCCUAAACGGUCGCGAUGUUACCCUACAUUGGUGACGGCUCCUGUUCUGAUGCGCUCUGAUCCUAUGGGCCUUAUCACGCCUUUUUGUUCGCAUGUGUCUCGUUCGUUCAUCUCGCUCGCCCGUUCUCAAUCCCUAGUCGUCCCCGACUUGUUUGCCAGGGUUCUUGUGUUGCCGCCGCCACCACGGUCGUCAUCUGAGAAAUUUAGGUCCCCUCGCCUCCGGCUGCCAUCUUGGCGCCGAGAGAUGGGGAAACCUCGGAUCUUCAAGGCCUCUAUGUUCUUUGCCAUCAUCUAGUGAUCAUCAUAGUUUUGUGAGAAUAAACUUCCUCAUGCUCUUUUGGUGGUGCCAUGAUAUUAGAGAGUUUUCUGCCCUCGCAGAUCUGAUUAUUCAGAUCUGAUGAGUUUAUGUUGUUGUGUCAAGUCUUUUGCUGGUCUGAUUCUUUGUGGAGAUGAAAUUUUUGGUCGACGCCAGGGUGAAGAUAUAGUGAUUCAACGGCCUGCACUUCUAGGGGAUCAUCCCUGGACCAAGUACGUUCAUCGAUCAAGGCCUCCCAUCUUUUUGGAUGGGCGACUCAAGGUAUUUUCAAAAAUCAUUAUUGAUAAUGUUUGUGCAGAUGAAAGAGUGACAACAUCAUUGCUCCAGUCCAAUUGCAGCCUCUUUACCGAAGUUUUUGGAGUAUUUCUCCGAGCAUAGAUUGACAUCAUGAAGGUGUUUUUAAAAGAUUUUAUUGUAAUUUUUAAUCAUAGGAGUUACUUCGUAUUUUAUUGGAUCUUAAGUCCAAAUCAAUGUACAUGUAAUUAUUAUGAGUAUGAAUAGAGUUACAGGUAUUUUAAAAAAAAGUUAUCCCUGGCUAAAACACACGAUCGCUACCGCCGCCGGCAACGAAACCCUAAACGGCCGCGAUGUUACCAGCCGAGGCGCCAUACCUUCCUGCAGGGCGCUACCCCCGUGAUCCGGCCGACUUAACAUACCCCUCCGACCUAUUUGGUCCCGCGCCCCAGCGUCUCCACGAUCCUAGCGAGCAGCAUCAGGAGGUGGUGGUGGAGGGGGAGGUGGUGGCGGCAGCGGAGGAGAAGCAAGGGAUCGGCUCCAUCUUUUCCUCUAUCGACAAACAUGAUGAUCCGGCGCUCAAGGCCGAGGCUUCAGAGCCACCUAUUCUUCACUGGGACGACGUCUGCCUAUCCGACAGCGACGAUGAUUUAGUUGACCAGCUCAACUUGGCCGACUUGGCCGGCUUGGCCCUGGCGCACUCUGACGACGAUGAGGAGGAAGGGGUGACAGACGGCGAGGAGACAAAUUGCCCAGGGAAGAAAUUUCCCAGGGAGAAAGCCAAACUGAUACAGACGGUGUGGGUAAGGAGUGACAUCAAACAGAACGAAGAACACAGAGAGCUGUGCAAGAUGCUUCUAGAUCUAGGACAUGAGUGGUCUGCCCUUCCUCCUUUUCCUAUGAAAGUAUUCCCUCACGUAAUAGGCGCAUGCGUUUUGCGGGGAUACUGUCACCACCGUAUAUACAGAACCCAUCAUACUUCCACCACAAAAUCAACUCUUGGAUAUCGCGAACCAAAUCGGAUGCUACAGGUAUUCUCGCUGCGUUUGUCAAGCUCUGCAUCAUAUCCUGUUAGUGUCUAUGGAAUAAUCGCCGUUCGGGAUUCCUUGGAGCCUCUGCGGAAUUACGUGUUUAAUCGUCCCUGCAGAGAUGAUGCUGUCACCAUUGACCAGGAUUCCUUUAUCCUACCCCUUUGUAGCCCUUGUCGAGGAAUGUACUUACGGCAGGAUGCAUUACUAGAAGUUGAUCUGUGGGUAAAGGAGGAAGGGGAUGGAUCGGCUGACAAACAAAUACUUUCUGCGUAUGCUGAGAUUGAGAGCUGCCCAGCUUAUGAUGAAAUGCUAUAUGGACAGAUUCGUCAUGGCCUGUUCAGCUUGGACAUAGGCUACAUAUCAUUUACAAGAAGUAUCGAGGCCGUAAUAGAAGUCUUUGCAAAGGUUGAUGGUCCUCAUCAUGUGAGAUUUGGUGCUUUCAGCAGUGGCUUUGAUCAUGAGAUUGUGUUGUUUGAUGACACAUUCUCUGGGACUAAGAUGCAGUUUCAGCAUGUAGUCGUGGUGAAAGCAGAGGAAAAAUUGGAUGUUUGCUUAAAGUUGGGGGAAUCACUCUUUCGGUGGAGUUUCCAAGAUGGACAUGUUGGACCUGUUAGGAUUCCUGAUGACUCGAUGUCAAAGUAUGGCCAGUUUGAUGUGAGGGUGUUCUUUGCUCCUAAGAACUCGCGACCACCGAAAUAAGUGAAGAAGACACCCCGUGCUGGAUUGUGUGUUUUAUUAUCUCCUAACUAAGUACCUCCAGGGUGUUUUUUUGUAAUCUGUAAAUCCUCUGUCAAAACAGCAAAAGUUUGAGGUCAGACUUGUUGAAACUUGAAAAUAUUCUAUGUUUGUCUGCAUAUCUUGCAUUUGAUUAGAGCUACUUGAUCCGUUUUUUAAUUUUCCCUUUAGUUUGGUUGCAUCUUUGGUAGUUU